UGUAUCACCAGUUUGAUAUAGAUUUUGAGGAUAUAUUUUACAAUCCAUAAACAAUUUGGAAAUUGACCCUUGCCCAGUCAUGUGACCCCGUGCUUAGAAAGACAAAAACAAGAUUUAUUCACUGCUCCCUAGUUGUUGCCCAAAAUCGGAAACAUGAGAUUUUUGGAUCUUUUUGGGCGCCUAAAAUCUGUGGUUAUUGGAAUGGUUCAUGUUAAAGCCUUACCAGGCACCCCACUAGGAUGUAUGAAAAUGUCCCAGAUCAUUGAAGAGGCAUGCAGGGAGGCAGCGAUCUACCGUGAUGCAGGGAUUGAUGGUGUGAUUAUUGAGAACAUGCACGACAUCCCCUACUCGUUCUCUGUGGGCCCUGAGGUGUCUGCCUGUAUGACUUCAGUAUGUGCUGCUGUGAGAGGCCUCUGUCCGUCUCUGCCGCUCGGAGUGCAGAUACUAUCCUCUGCUAACCAGCAUGCAUUGGCUGUAGCUCUGGCUUCAGGUCUGGAUUUUAUCAGGGCUGAGGGUUUUGUCUUCUCUCACGUGGCUGACGAGGGCCUCUUAAAUGCAUGUGCCGGGGACUUACUGAGAUAUCGCAAGCAGAUUGGAGCUGAGCAUGUGCAGAUCUUCACCGACAUCAAAAAGAAGCACAGCUCCCAUGCCCUGACGUCAGACGUGAGCAUUGAGGAGACGGCACAAGCCGCCGAGUUCUUCCUCUCAGAUGGACUCAUCAUCACAGGAGCGGCUACUGGAGUGCAGGCUGACCCGCAGGAGCUCAGAGAUGUUUCCCAAUCUGUGAAAAUCCCAGUGCUGAUAGGCUCUGGAGUGACCCACGACAACAUUGAACAUUUCCUUGAUGCAAAUGGAAUGAUCAUCGGGUCUCAUUUCAAGAAAGAAGGCCACUGGGCCAACGCAGUCGACCCCGAGCGAGUGAAGAAGUUCAUGGCAAAGAUGCGUGAACUUCGAAAAUGAGAUCAAUUAAAGGCGUUUCCUGUGGGACUGAACCCUGAAGAAAAAAAAAACAAACAUGUUUUAUUCACUGUACACAUUAAACACAUUCAGCCACCACCUUAAGAAAACAAGAUUUAUUUGCAAUUUUUUUGUACAUUUUAUAAAUACAAACAAAUAGAAAAAAACAUAUUCAUCAACUGUAUUUACACUCAUGAGUCUAACAUGAACAAUUUGUGUAACAUAAAAAAAAAAGUGAGUAUCCACUGAAAAGUAGUCUCAAUACAAAACAUGAACAGUGGUUUCGUAAUCAUU